AUGGAGGGUGAGAAGAGGCCAGAGGAUGUUGUGACUGUUGAUGUUGAAGUUGCCAAAGAUCUGUUGCAGAAGGGGCAGCUUUAUUUGGAUGUCAGGACUGUUGAAGAGUAUAACAAGGCCCAUGUUGAGAAUGCACUCAAUGUUCCUUACAUGUUCUUGACCUCGGAAGGUCGAGUAAAGAAUCCUGACUUUCUAGCACAAGUUGCAUCUAUAUUGAAGAAGGAAGACCAUGUGGUAGUGGCUUGCAACAGUGGCGGUAGAGGACUUCGCGCUUGCGUCGAUCUUCUUAACGCGGGGUAUGAGCAUGUGAAGAACAUGGCAGGAGGCUACUCUGCUUGGGUUGACAGUGGAUUUGCUGGGGACAAACCAGCUGAAGAGCUCAAAAUAGCUUGUAAGUUCCGAGGUUGA